AUGAGGAAGAGACGAAGAGAAGAAGAGUUGCGGAAGGAGAUUUCGAGAACUACGGAUGAAACGAAGCAGCUGGAUCUUGUAAACGAACUGGGUGACCUAUACAGAAUUGAUGGCGAUUUUGAGGCAGCUCGUAAUUGUUACAAAAGAGCUGUUCAACUUGCUACCAACCUCCGAAACCAUCUAGAUCUCUCCUUUGCUCAUCGGGCUUUGUCUGAGAUCUGUGCUGAAGAAGGUGAUAGGAGAGAAGCGUUGGAACAUGCGUCGCUUUUUCGGCAAACAGCACAACGGAGCGGCAGCCAUUCACAGAUCCAACUUUCAUUGCAUGUUACUGGAUGGGUAUACGAGAAAUUACACAUGCAGCAGUCACAUAACACAAAUGAUCUUGAAGAGGCAUUGUCAUGGGGUUUGAAAAGCAUAGACUAUCUUAAGAAGUUUGGACACAGAAUCGACACCGAUAAAAAAGCUGUGAGAGUGGGAGGAGAUUCUGCCAGGAGAAAAGCUGGUCUGGAACGUCUCUGUUCUGGACUUUGUGCCAACUUACAUCGAAAGAGUGAGGCUGAGAAGUAUUGGAAUUCCGCGUACGCAUACGCGAAGAGAGCUCACGAUGCGGAUUUGGAAUACCAGCUUCUUCUUGCUCGUAUAGAUUUUUCAUGGGAAUCCCCUGUAAACAAUGCUCAAAGGCUGGUGAAUUUUGCUCCAACGAAGAAAAAAGGUUACGCUCUUAUGGAGUUGGCUCAGGUGCUAAUGUACGUUGGUGACUUCCUGAACGCACAGAACGCUUUGUUCGAAUGCCUACUUCAUCACAGGUCAUCGCUAACAGCAGAAGAUGCUGAGUUACUUGACGCUCGCGUUAUAUUUUAGGAUCCCGACGAUGCUUUGGAAUGGUUUGAAAAAGCACUGUUCUUUGAAAAGAAGUUGGGGAGAUCGGAAAUCAAACUCUGUGAAACUCGGGCGCUGAUUUUCAAGGCGAAAGCUUCCUGUCACAAUAUAUCAAUGCUCUCGCUUAAAAAUGAGUUUGACAUUCUUAAUUCUGAUAUUCCUGAGGAAUGUCCAUCUUUGAAGGCAACGAUCUACGAAGCCAUGGGGCAGUAUCUUUUAACAAACAAAGACGAAGAUGCCUCUGUAUACCUUGCGUGUGCAAAACAAUUCGGAAGUGAAGUGGAGGUUGAGGAAAGCUGUGAGGAUGACGAUUCAGGGGAUGGCUACGAUGUGAACAAACGUGAUUAUGGCGGGUGGACUCCGAUAAGUGAGGCAGUUUCGGCUGGGAUGCGAGACAACGUGAGAGCGCUGCUCAAAGCUGGUGCCAAGGUUGAUCCGGUUAGCACUGAAGUGCUCAAUGAUGACGAAAACUCGAGACUGAUUAGAUUUUUUGCUGUACUUAUUCUGUUGGAAUUUGAGACUGGCGGCGGCAUCACUCCAUUAAUGGAAGCUUGUGACAAAGGUUUUACCGACAUCAUAAAGGAUUUGCUAAAAUGUGGAGCUUCUGUCGUGAAAAAGAACGCCGAUGGUUGGACAGCCGUUGAUUUCUUGAGGAAUUUCCUUGUUAGCUGCGAAAGCGAAGAUGAAAACCACAUAAAGGAAUUGACUUCUAUUGCUGUAUCUAUGGAAGAACAGCAGAGAAAACAUCUUGCAGUAUCAUUUCCCGUUCGUGGAUGUGCUCCGUCACGACAAAAGUCAACCGGUACAAGGCCACUGUUGAAAUCCUCUCAACCCAAGUCACGUAGUGAAGAGGAAACAAUUGAUUUGAAAAGUUAUAAGCGUGUGAUUGGUGGGCUUGGCGCUCAGUCGAAGAAGAACGUGAAACCUUCUCGAUCACACAACGAAACCACUCUGUUCAAUGAAGAUGAUGAUCUUGCGUCCUCCUACAUCAGCCCUCAUUUUGAAGACGACAUAGAUCUUCCAAGCGACUGUGAAGAUACGGGAAGAAAGAGUGAAGGAUACUCGUUAGCCACUUCCAGUUAUUCUCCAUUACCAGCAUCACAGUCGACUGCAGUUUCGCCGUUGAAGGAGAGAAGGGUUGAGAGAUCUUCCUUUUCCGAACCGAUCAAAGAUGAUUUCCUCAUAAACGAUCUCGAAGAGAAGAGGCGAAGAAAAAGGAAAAAUCGCACCCCUACCGCUUCCGGUGAACCUGCUAAGCGGCCUUCGUCAAGUCGAGACUCUAUCCCAAGCAGAAGGGAAAGCCCGUCACAGUUUUGCGUAGACUUGCCGGCUGCCAGCAGUGCGCCUCUGUCAGCAACUGGACCUCCAAUCGUUGUUACUCUCAAAUUCGAAAAUGAGGAUGGGGGAGUGCUCCGACCUGACAAGCUUGUCUCGCUUCCAAGAACAGCGACAAUGGCAACCAUUGAAGAACGAUUCCGAACUGAGCUUUCAAGCCAAAAAUCGAAGUCAUUUGAUGUUAGACUCUUUGAUGGGCGUGAUGCAGACCCUGAAAUCCCUUUACUAUCUCUUGGCGAACCGCUUACAGUUGUUUGUCGGUUGCAUAAGCUGACGACAGAAAUGCUGUAUAAGAGCAGCACAGAAAGUCCUUGUGAUGACGAUGUCGUGCUGAAGUGUAUGGCCAAGUUUGAUGCGUCCGGCAUACUCGAUCUUUCGUCAGCCGCUUCAGAAGGCGGUGAUAUAGUUGAGAGCGUCCUUAAGGUUGUCACAAACACUAAACGUUCUGUCAGCCGUCUCCUGCUCGAUGGAUGCGAUUUGACUAGUGCAAUUCUAUCCGCUCUAGUAUUAGUCUUGCCCAAUGUUGAACAAUUCAGCUGUAAGUAUGCUGGAUUCUUUGAUGAACACCUCACUUCAUUGGACUGGGGAUCGCAUUCUUUACGGUCAAUAGACCUCUCUCAUAACGAGUUCACUUCGGGUUCGGCUCUUUCUCAUUCACUGCUAGCAAACUGCCCUCAACUAUCAGAACUUCGCAUCAGUGAUUUGGAAAUAGCUGUUGAUGAGGAAGCACUCGUCACAGCUAUAUGUGACUUGCCAAAUCUACAACUGCUGGACGUAUCGUUCAAUAGCUUCGUUCGAGGAAACGCAGUGGAAACCUUGUUAUCAUCAUGCAAUAAUCUCACUAGUCUGCGAAUGGAUGGUUGUGAUUUGAGCGGUCUUUCGUUUGUGUCCACCUGGCUGCCUAGUCUUCGCGAAUUAUCAAUGGUCGGUUGCCAUGUGACAGAUUUCGAUUCGCUCAUUGAGUGGUUGAGUAUGGGAUGUGUUCAACAGCUUGAUCUGUCAGCCACCGAAAUCACCUUGUGCCAUGUGCGAACGCUGGUAGAAUCACGUCUGAUGUGCCCAGCAAUAGUUGUUCGGCUCGUUAGAUGUCGUGAGAUCGAGCAUGAUCCUCGAGCUUUCGCCGACAUGGUCCUCGCCUUCGUCACCGACCACUCUUUUCCACUUCGUUUCAGCUUCUCCUCCCAGUUUGCUGCUGGUCUUCAAGCAAUCACUGCUUUCGCUUCGAAUUUUCUAGUGUGA